AAAGAUGCCCACCUCUUCCAAGGACCGAAUUUGCUGAUGUUACUGCUGAAACAUAUGUACUGGGGACCAAACUGUAUUAUGAAUGUGACAGUGGCUAUGCGAGAAGAAGUGGCCAGUACACAGGAAUUCGGUGUAAGAUUAUAGAACAGGUUGCUUUUUGGGACUACAAGGAAUUUGAAUGCAUUGAUAAGAAAAUUUUGUUGUCAACGGCUCCCACGAUAGAGUUAGAUUUUACACAGAAGCCAGAAAGAAAAACACAGAGCCCUGCACCCCAGAAGCGAGAAAACCUUUCAGAGUUUUACCAGAAAGAUUUUUGUGGUCCUCCCAAGACUAUUCAACACGCCUCUUUAAGCCUGAACGGACAGUAUUACUUGGGACAAGUAUUACAUUUCAAAUGUCAGAGCAGUUACGAUAAGCGACACCCCAUCUCUGGCACCCGCAGGUGUGAGAAGGUGAAUGGCAAAAUCAUCUGGACCCACCUUGACAUGCGAUGCACCAAUGACAGCAGCUACAGUGACAACUGGUUGCCACUGACUAUUGAGUCAGGUUCGACUCACCCAUCCUUUUCCUCAUCUGUGAUACUGCCAGUGACAGCUAUCUUUUUUGUUCUACUUAUCGUUCCUGCUGUCUUUGUGUGA